GCAAGGUACUGCCAUUCAAAUAUUUACUUCUCUUUUUGAACUUCAUCUCUGCAAAGGAGAGCGUUCAGCUUCCGCACAAAUACUUUUAAAUCGCCGGCCCGAUCGAGCCUUCCACCGACCCCCACCCCGCUCUCGCUUGGCUGCCCACCAGGUCCAGCAAGAAAGAGCUCAACCCGGCCAACCAAUUUCAAGGAGUCAGGAGACAACCCUUCCCUUCAUCCUACAAAAACCUUCUCUUCGCAGACUCCUCUCUGCGACCUCCAAUUCUCUGCAGUAUCUAGGACUUUUCCACUUUAGAUUUCGAUCAUCACCGAAACCGCAAUUAUGGGAAUCAAAGCCGUUGUCGCUGGUGCCUCUGGUGGAAUUGGACAGCCAUUGUCCCUCCUCCUCAAGACCUCUCCUCUCAUCUCCGAAUUGGCAUUGUACGAUGUCGUCAAUACUCCGGGUGUCGCAGCAGAUCUGUCCCAUAUCUCGUCACCCGCUAAAAUCACCGGCUAUCUUCCAAAGGAUGAUGGAGCCAAGCUCGCAAUGAAAGAUGCAGACAUCGUUAUCAUUCCCGCUGGAAUCCCCCGCAAGCCCGGAAUGACCCGUGAUGAUCUCUUCAACAUCAACGCCGGCAUUGUCAAAGGCCUCAUCGAAGUCAUUGCCGAAGUGGCACCAAAAGCCUAUAUCCUCAUCAUCUCAAACCCUGUCAACUCAACCGUUCCAAUCGCAGCCGAGGUCCUCAAGGCGAAGGGAGUCUUUGAUCCCAAGCGUCUCUUCGGUGUCACUACCCUCGAUGUUGUCCGAGCAGAGACCUUCGUUGCGGAGAUCAUUGGCGAGAAGAGCCCACAAAGCUUGAAUAUCCCAGUCAUUGGUGGCCACUCGGGAGAGACUAUUGUCCCUCUCUUCAGCCAGGCAAAGCCUGCUGUUAAGAUCCCAGAUGAAAAGAUGGCUGAUCUGAUCAAGCGCGUGCAAUUUGGUGGUGAUGAGGUUGUCAAAGCUAAGGAUGGUCUUGGAUCUGCUACUCUUUCUAUGGCUUAUGCCGGAUUCCGAUUCGCAGAAGCAGUUCUCAAGGGCCUUACCGGCGAGAAGGGCAUCGUUACCCCAACCUUCGUCUACCUGCAAGGUAUUCCAGGUGGCGAGGAGAUUUUCAAGGAAACUGGCUGCGAGUUCUUCUCCGUUCCCGUCGAGCUAGGCACCACCGGCGCAGAGAAGGCACAUAACCCCCUUACCAACCUCGACGAGAGCGAAAAGACACUCCUUAAGGCUUGCGUAGAAGGCCUGAAGGGCAAUAUCGCAAAGGGUGUCAGCUUCGCACACAACCCACCGCAAAAGUAG